GCACAAAAAAUGGCACACUCUUUAAGGGGAAGAAAAAAAUAAUCCUUUCUGGGCUUCCAUUAUCACUCAAGCCAAAAACACCUCUAAUCUUGCUGCAUACAGUAUAUAUUACCUGUCCCAAACACCCUAGAGAGAGAGAGAGAGAGAGAGAGUAGAGAGAGAGAUGUUGGAAGGGAAAGCAGUGAUUGAAGAUACAGACAUGCCAAUGAAGAUGCAGAUUGAAGCCAUGGCAUGUGCUUCUCAAGCUCUGGAUCUUUAUGAUGAUGUUCUUGACUGCAAAUCCAUUGCUGCUCACAUCAAGAAGGAGUUUGACAAGGAAUAUGGGAGUGGUUGGCAAUGUGUGGUGGGGUCACACUUCAGUUGUUUCUUCACUCACAGUAAAGGAACUUUCAUCUAUUUCACCUUGGAGACUCUCAACUUCCUCAUCUUCAAGGGGUCAUCUUCUCCCCAGAGCUCUCCUUCAUGAUGCAGCCAAGCCAUCCAAUGCAUAGUUGAAGGGAGGAUGAAAAUCAGCAUGGGAGUAAAAGUCCUAUAGUCAGUAACCAUCAAACCUAUGUACCUUUCCUUUUUCUACAUAUGAAAGCUAUAUGCAUCUGAGUUCAAAGUAAAAUGCAAAACACUAGACAGUUAUCUUUCCAGUGAAACUUAUUCGUUACAUGCUGAUCAGUAGACAUGGUUCUGGUAGGGAA